AUGACCGAAAGCGUACAUCAAACAUAUGAGCACCAGGCAGUAGUGUCUGGCAGCCAUGAAUAUUAUAAUGUCUCUGACGAUCAAAACCUUCGAAGUGAUGAACUAAUAGAGGAGUAUACAGAAAAAGCUGCACCUCCACCCAAGCAGAAAUUUUACAAAAAGAAGAGAUAUUGGAUCAUUUGCUCGAUCAUAACAGUCAUCGUUACGGUUGUUGCAGUGGUCUUAGCUCUGUAUGUCAUUUUCCCCAAAGUUGCUCAAAGUAUUAUGAACAAGUCAAAAAUUGAUGUCACAGCUGCUGGAAUCUCAUUCAACAAACCUGACUCCCUCACAAACACUGUUUAUGCUAAACGCGAUGGUGACGAUAUGAACUCUACAUUCUAUAUGAACAUGGAAAGCUCCUUGUCACAUACUGGUCCAUUCUCAGCAAAAAUUAAGUUUCAUAAUCCAGUUCAAGUUUACUAUAACGAGACUUAUCUUGGUGAUAUGUUCAUUUUCAAUGAAACCAAAGUUGCUGGAGGUCAUGGUAGCCUGAAUGCUGUCACUCCAUUCUUGAUUAGAGACCAGGCUGCUUUUGCUACCUUUGCGAAAACUAUGUUGGCUGUCGAUGAAUUCAAAUGGACACUCAAAGGUCAGCUUGACAUUACAGCCCUCACUAGAACUGCCACAGUUAACCUGAACAAAGAAAUUGUUUUAAAUGGUAUGAAUGGUUUCCCAAAUGUUAAAAUCAGCUCCUUCAAUCUUCCUGGUGAUGACCCUGCUGGUGGUAUCUCUGUCGAAUUAGGAACUAUUCUCGAAAGUCCAUCGCCUAUCGGUGUUCAAUUGGGUACCAUAACUUUGGCUAUAGGCUAUGAUGGUGUACCUCUAGGUAUCGUAUCUGGUACAGGUGUAAACCUUGCCAAGGGUGAAAACAAUAUUCUCCUCAAGGGCAGACUUGCUCCUCAAAAUGAUACAGCAUCUUUGGAAAAAAUAGGCACUCUCUUUUCUAAUUAUGUUGCUGGUAAAGUCUCAAAUACAACUGCUGUGGGCCUGACCUGUGCUCCUGAUGGCGUUAAUCCUAUCAGUUGGCUUUCUGAAGGUUUUAAAACUGUGAAUUUAAACGUUGGCUUAAAAGCAGCUGCUCCAUUGAAGAUCAUUAACGGCGUUAGCAUGGGUUAUCUUGAUUUAAAGUUUGAUUCAGCAACGCCUUACUCACCUAUUGCCAAUGCCCCCGCUGUAACUGCCAAUUUCCAAAUGCCGUUUGGAUUCUCAUUAAACGUUACGGAAGUAUCUCAAAAUAUUACGCUCGCUAUCAAUACCACUGGUGAGCAAACUGAAAGUUUUGCUGUCAUGCAGACCCCAUUUGUUCAUGCUGUCAGUAAUCAGCAAGACGGCACUAUUAUAUUUGGUUUGAAUAAUACUGCCAUUGCCGGUAUCCCUGGAAAGGAAGCUACUUAUAAUCAAUAUACCUAUGCCUUGACUGCAAAUAAUAACUAUACCUUUAUGAUCUCUGGCCUUGCUACCACCAAAGCUAACACUCCCAUCGGCCCAAUAACGCUAGGCGGUAUCAACUUUACUGUUCCUACUACAUUGCACGGUUUACAAUUCUUGAAUAGCACUCCUACAGUUAUCAACUCUUUAGACGUUACGGGUGGUACUGAAGCUGGCUUAACUCUUGUUAUCAACGUCACUAUGGACAAUCCUUCAGAUUUCAGCAUUACUACUGGCGACGUCAGCUUUGAGAUGGGUGCUAGCGGAACAAAACUAGGUCUUGUCACUUUGUCGAAGUUAACACUGAACCGCGGUUCAAACACUGUAAGUGCUAUCUCUUCAUUUGACCCGAAGUCUUCGGAUGUCGGUCAAAAUAUUCUUAGCACUUUUGUGAUGGGCUCAGAUAAUACUGUUGAUAUCGGAGGCUAUGCCGAGUCAACUGACAUUGCCUCACUUGCCAAGGCUUUGAGUGCUGUGAGCUUGACAUCCACCCUUCCUGGGUUGACCACUGCUUUAAUUCAAGGUGCUUCCAUGUCUGUUCUUCCUGAUACCCUCCAGACGGGUAUGGUCGGUGUCGCUGUUACCAUAAGCAACCCUUUCACAGCUUCUUUGAGUAUUUCUAAAGUGGUUUCAUCUGCUACGUUCCAAGGCAUGCCUAUCGGUAAUAUUGAUCAAGAUAUUAGCAGUAACCCUUUUGUUAUCAAUGGAAAAGCUCUUGGAACUUCUCAAAAACUUCUUAUGAGCAUGAAUAUCGACCCUGCUGCUGUAGCUUUGUUGCUUCGAAACCUUGCUGUCGCUUCAAACAUGGAUACCAGAGCCUUAGAUGGUCUUCUUCAAUUGGGUGGCCUUAGUAUUGAGGGUCAAGAAAGUGUUCAGGCUGAUUCUAGUCUCUUCGCCGGUUUCAACAUCUCUCAAUACGUCCAGGAUGCCAUGAAGGCAUUGAGUGUUGAUCUAUCUUUAUCUUCGACUAUUACUAUUGGCCAAUAUGUCAAUGACUUGGCUUUCUCCCAAUCAAAUGUUGUUGUCACUACUGAUGAUACUGUUACUCAAUUAAUUCCUAUUGUUGGUCAACCUAUUGUACAGCAAAUUGUUGACGGUUCUGUUCUGAGUUUCUCCACCAUUGUAUUAUCGGAUGUUACUGAAGGAUCUUUCAAAGUACAAAUGUCCGGUAGUAUUGCCAAUGCAGGCCCUAUGGAUGCUACUAUCAGUUUCCCUAGUCCUCUUACUAUUGCUUGGGAAGGAAAGACGCUUGGUACUGUCUCCAUGGCUACUAUCAAUUCUAAAGCUGAUGUUGGUGCUACAUUUACCGUGGAAGGAAGCUUCACUGUUGCCAAUGGCGAUGAUAUGGCUGCAUUCUCUGCUUAUUUAAUCAACAACGAGUCUUUUGAAUGGGAGAUCACAACUAAUGAUGUGAGCGUCUCUGCUCUUGGUUACACUUUCACUGGAGUAUCGCUUCACAAAUAUGUCACUUUGAAGGGUUCUAAUGGUUUCAAGGACGCUGUCACCAUUACCUCUUUUGAUCUGCCUUCAAAUGAUCCUGCAGGUGGUAUUACACUUAUUGCAAAUACCAUUAUUAACAAUCCCGGUCAAGUUGGCUUCAAUCUUGGUGGUGCGGCUUUCGAAUCCUACUUUGGUGACAUCCUUCUUGGCCCGCUUGCUUCCAAUGGUGCUGCUAACUUUGCACCUCAAAGCUCAUCUGCAAUCACCAUGAAGGGCCGUCUUAUUCCUCAAACAACUAAAGAAGGAAUUGUAGCCAUCACUACUGUUUUUGGUCAUUACCUUGCUGGACAAUCAACAACACUCACUGUUAAAGGUGUAUCUGGUUCUGGAAGUAACGGUGCUGUUAGCUGGUUAAGCGCUGCAUUCAAGACGAUCAGUAUUGAAAACGUCAUUCUACCUGGUCCUGCUACCGUUCCUACUUUGAUACCUUCCAUUGAAAUGAAAGAUCUCACACUAGACUUUACAAAGGACCAAUGGGCACCAUCUACUAGCUCGUCAAAGGUUGUAGCUCAACUUAAAAAUCCUUUCGGUUUCCCUCUUGGUGUUUCUCAACUAGAUAUGGAUGUCAGUGCUACUUACGGAGGUGGUGUUGUUGCUACACUGGAUGUUCCCACCUCACCUGCUUCCACAGAUGCUUCUGGUUUUGUUACUACAUCAUUUUCUAAUAUACCGUUCAAGGUUGCCAAUCAUGAAUUGUUCACUGGUUUCAACAAGCUCUUGACAUUAUCACCAUCGGUAACGUUCGGCUUGAAAGGUACUUCUAAUGCUAUUGCUGAUACUGCUGUAGGCACUCUUAGCCUUCCUGGUGUCUCUUUCGAUGUUGAUACAACGUUAGCAGGCUUUAAUAGUUUCGGUGGAACUGCUCAAAUCCAAUCACUUGAAGUGACAGGCGCAGCGGCUGGUUAUAUUAUUGUUAGUCUCGUCGUGCAAUUGAAUAAUCCUUCUAAUAUCACUAUUUCCAUUGGCGACGUCAAUUUCGAUGUCAUUAUGAAUGAAUAUAACGCUGUUGUUGGUAAAGCCUAUAUGAAGGAUCUUACUAUCUUACCCGGUGCACAAAACUACAACUCUGAGAUGCAUUUAGCUGAAGGAGCUACAAGUAUAGAAGCUGUUGGUAAGAUGCUCUACUAUUAUUUGACCGGUGCUCCUGUACCUUUGACAAUCUCUGGCUCUUCUUCAUCUACAUCCAUUGCUCCUAUUCAACAAGGCUUAUCCGAAUUGAAACUUUCCACAAGCAUUAAUGGAAUUACUGACUCUCUAAUCAAGCAGAUUGAUGUUACUGGUGACGCUAUGGCUAUGCUUACCACAGGCGCUGCGAAUGCAGUGAUCACUCUGUAUAAUCCACUCAAUACACCUUUCAGUAUUAAGCAUAUUAAGGCCUCGACAUCAAAGUAUUUAACCUGUCCUGUUGCUGGUCAAUAUCAAAACACUGAUUAUGUUGUUGGUACUAUUGAUUAUGAACUUUCACCACCUCUUACCAUCGGCCCUAAGGAAACUGUUCAAACUGCUCCUUUGCCAGUUCUAAUCAACAACUUUGAAAAUGCGCCCUUGUUGAUUGCUACUUUUGCCGACUUCAAUUAUUAUUACAACGUUAGCCAAACUGCUUCUGUCGUUGUUGGUAAUGCAUUUUCAACAGAUCAAAUGGUAUACACACAAAAGAAUGCUCCCUUCACCAUCAAUGUCCCUGGUAUCACAGAUCAAGGUGAUGAUCUGCUCACUCUCUUAUGUCAAACAUCUGCGUAUGCGACGUCUCUUGCCCUUAAUUCUACGAACGCUACAAUACCUAUUGACAAUAAUAACACCACAAGUACUAUUACUCCCACAAUCAGUGACAUUCCAACAAGUACCAUAAUAACUCCAACUCCUACGACUGACGCAACAGCUCCCACUGUCAUUGUCACCAAUACGCCUACAACUACAGAUCAAGCUGUACCUAACACUACUACUACAAACAACGGUGCCGAACCUACCAAUGAUACACCAGUUGAGGGCGGCGAAGAUUCUUCUCAACCCUCACCACCUGCUGAUGGCGGCGGAGAUUCCUCUCAACCAACACCUCCUACUGAUGAACCUAUCAGAGAGCCAACAGAAUAG